UAGAUUUGCUUUUAUUAAAAUUUGUUAAUUUCAGAUAAUCUCUUGAGAUUGAAAAUGCCGUUCGUCAAGGUUGUGAAGAACAAGGCUUACUUCAAGAGAUACCAGGUUAAGUUCAGGAGGCGUAGGGAGGGAAAGACCGACUACUUUGCCAGGAAGCGUCUUGUCAUCCAGGACAAGAACAAGUAUAAUACGCCCAAGUACAGGCUUAUCGUGAGGUCAUCAAACACCGAUAUCUGCUGCCAGAUCGCGUAUGCUCGUCUUGAGGGAGACUACAUUGUGUCCGCUGCCUACUCUCAUGAGCUCCCACAGUACGGAGUUAAGGUUGGUCUGACCAACUACGCUGCUGCCUACUGUACCGGUCUGCUCUUGGCCAGGAGAGUUCUCCAGAAGUUCAACCUUGACAAAAUGUAUCAGGGCGCUUCAGAAAUCAACGGAGAUUACUUCUGUGUAGAGGAUCAGGAUGAUGGUCCCGGAGCCUUCAGGUGUUGUCUGGAUGUUGGUCUUGCCAGGACCUCUACCGGAGCUAAGGUAUUCGCUGCCAUGAAGGGAGCUGUCGACGGAGGUCUGGACAUUCCUCACUCUGUGAAACGUUUCCCCGGAUACGACAACGAGGAGAAGUCUCUGAAUGCUGAGGUUCAUAGGAACCACAUCUUCGGACUUCACGUUGCCGAGUACAUGAAGCACUUACAGGAGGAAGAGGAGGAAACCUACAAGAAGCAGUUCUCCAGGUUCAUCAAGAACGGAAUUAACGCAAAUAACAUUGAGGAAAUGUACAAGAAGGCUCACGCCGCCAUCCGUGCUAACCCUACCCACAAGGCUCCCGUCAAGAAGUCCAUCACCAAGAAGAGGCAUAACGCUAAGAAGAUUGGUCUGGCCGCCAGGAAGGCGAAGAUUGCCAAGGCAAAGGAGGAGUUCUUGUCCCAGAUCGAGGCACAGAAGGAGUAAAUAUUGUUUCUGGAUCCUGGUAUCUAGAAGUUUUAACAGUUAAAACUGUUUCAGAUAUCAUGAAGGAGUGUUCAUAACGGAAAGAUGAGAGCUGAAGAGGAUUGGAUUGAAACCUUGAGCUAACCAUGGUUGAUGUAUACAGAAACGAUUGUGUCGGGAGAAGAAACUUAUCUCGUAUAGAAGUAAACCCUUGAGCAGUACUACCGAUCUGGACUGGAAGGCUUUCGGACAAAGCUGAAACUAUUACCUAAUUAUCAGUCACAGGAUUCAUCCGAGACUGUACUAGACAGGAUGAUGUGCGUGAGUGGUAUGAACUGAGGAAGAUUGGCUGAACACAGAUUUAUUGCAACUAAAAAGUUUCAUAACGACAAUAUUAAAUCAAGUUUAUUUUCAGAUUUUUUCUCUAAAGAAAAGAUGAGAGCAAAGUGGAGGAAGAAGCGUAUGCGCAGGCUAAAGAGGAAAAGGAGGAAGAUGAGGGCACGUUCCAAGUAGACUACUUGCUCCACCUCUCUAACGCUCUGUCCGUGUUCUAUGUGUUGAUCAUGAGCUGAACGUCCCGAGGGAUGUGUUCAGAUUUCUCCCGGAUUUGUCUUGCGGCUGUCUCCGGUCUGGUCUGUUCACAGCGGAUCCUGAUAUUCUCACGAAUGUUACCUGAUCUGUUAAUAAAUACUAAAAUCACAAA